GUGUUCAAUCGAAAAAUGACAAUUUGUGUAAAACGUAUCAAAUGUGCAAGGAAAAGAUGCUCCAGUUCUGAUCAGCAAAGUGCAAUUUCCUUCGCUUGCAGCCUAGCGCUCUCUGGUACAUGGUGUAGGGUUUCCUAGCUUCCGUGGAGAAAAUCUGCUCCUGGCAAGCAGGAAGCCUGGGUGGGCUAGUGGAAUAGCUGGUGGAAAAAAAGUGUUUGCCUUAUUGGGAGUCUUCUUUACAUUGCUGCUUGUUGGGGCUUGUGUGUGUGUGCGCGCGAGUAAAAAAAGUGCGAGAUAGUGCGCUGUCGACGACGUUGGUAAUCUUUGCUAUUUUCGGCCAUUCUAGUUUGAUGUACGUAAAAGUAUUUGUGUAGCGUGUGUCUGGUGUAAGUGCAAGUGUGUGAGCGUGCGUGCGUGCGUGCAUUAUCCCAUGCUUUGCGUGAUUUCACGCCCUCCUUAUAGUACGCCGGUUGGGGCCAUGUUUCGUAUCGCAAGCGCAACCCUGCUCUAUUCGCAAUUUGUGCCGUGCUGAUGUGAUCUGCGGAGGCUUUGAUAAAAGCGUUUUUUCCUAGUGUUGCUCCUUCGAUUUCAAAUAGUAUUGUGCCUGCUGUACUGCCUAGCGAAAAGAAUGGAACGAGACGAAACGGCGAAUCAAUAGCUGAUAGCUGCGAUGCUGUAGCGGCAGCCAUAGGCAGCUAGUAGAGCGCGCAUAAUCAUCGUGUAUUAAUCUGAUUAUUCUAUUGUGCCACAGCUAAUACGUGAUAACUUAAUGUGCGUACAUAUUCGGUUAAACGCUUAAAGCGCUCAGGAACGUCGCAGCGAGCUACAUUCGAUUACAGAUUGGAUAAAACAAUCGGCAGCACAAAAUGUCAACAUCAUCAGAAAGGGUGGAAUGGGUGGAAAUUAUCGAGCCCCGAACCAAGGAACAUAUGUACGCUAAUUUGACGACAGGCGAGUGCGUGUGGGAUCCUCCUGAGGGUGUAACUAUCAAACGUACGGAUGCAUCGCAGUGGUGGGAACUGUUUGACACAAAUACCUGUCGCUUUUACUACUACAAUGUUGCCUCACAGAAAACCGUUUGGCAUCGGCCACAGAACUGUGAUAUUAUCCCUCUGGCUAAGCUGCAAACCCUGAAGCAAAACACAGAUCCUAGCGAUCGAAAAGAUGCAACACUUCCGCAUCAUCAUCACCACCAUCACCACCAUGGAACGGGCAGCAGUGGAAGCACCGCAGGUGGUAUCGGUGGUCUAGGUUCACUCGGUGGAGCAUCGAAAUUGGGUGGCAGUGGUACGGUGGGAAAAUCUUGUGGACAUCGAACGGCGACAGGCGUCACGGAUUACCGUGACAGAGAUCAUCACCAUCGUAGCUCCAGCUCUGGCCACCGUCGUGGCGGCGGUGGCGGAUUGGAUCAACGCAGUAACAGUGAGCUUCUGGCCAGUCCACAGGGAAGACACAGCCUUCAGCAUAGAUUACCACCGAAAAUCUUAACCUCCCCGUUGGCUGAUGGUAGCAGCCACUCUUCGAUUAGUCGAUUGGAUUCACACAAAUUUUGCAGACACGGUGGCAUGUCUGUGACAUCUUCUGGAUCGGUUCGUGGCAGUCAGCGCUAUCCGGCCAGUUAUCAACAUAGCCAUCUUCACGCAUCGCAGCAACACCACCAACGUUUUCACCACCAUCAUCAUCCCGAUAGCUCACUCAAGUCGCCUGAGGGGGGUAGCCUGUCCGGAAGCUACCGGCGAUUACACGGAGGCGUUGUGGGCAGCGUUCCUGAAGCAACGGGAAGCAGUUUGCUGCGGUAUGGCAGUGGUUCCAGUGGUUAUGCAACGAAUGGCCAUAGCACCGGUGGUACGGGUAGUAGAAAACACAAUCCUGACAGUAGUAGCGGCUAUCGUAUGCUGCAGGAAAGUUCCAGUUCGCACAACAUUCCGCAUUCUGUGGUAGUUCCCUCGCCUUCAUCAUCUACUGCAGCUGUGUCUGCAGUAAGCAGCAGUGAAAAGUUAGCCCUUGGAGCAUUACAUCAUUCGUCAGCACUGCCGCCACCGCACCAAAUGCUGUCGUAUUCGAUCUCAAACUCAUCAGAUCUUGCUGCCGGCAGCCUAUCGUCACCAUCACACUCGUUGAGCACGCCACAGUUCAAAAAGAAGUUCAUGCAUGACGGUGGUGUUGGGGGUUCCUCUUCAAAAUCAACCUCGAAAGAUGGUAACCUUGCUGGGGGCAUGGUAUCCAAGCACGAAAGCUUCGAUUAUGUAGGCAAUCCUAGUGCAUCAUCAAUCUCACUUACAAGAUCGGGUAGUUUCCUGUCAUCUGCGGGAAUUACUAGUGGUGUGGGCGGUGUUCUUGGUACUCCAAUUUCUUCCCGACCGUAUGGUCCUUCCGGCAGCGGAGGAAGUCAUCAUUCUUCCAGUGGAUCUCAUCGGAAAGGUAGCUUUGACGGAAAUGGUGGAAGUGGUAAUGUACCCGGCUCCGGAGCAGGAGGAAAUGUUGGUGGUUCCGGAACAGCAGCGGGUGGUGGAGGAGGGGGAAGCGAUGAUUCAAUGCAUGAAAAAUAUUUCAAAUCUGUUGAAAACACACCGAUCACGCGAAGGCGCCACACCACGUCCUCAAAAUCGCCCUUGCAGCAACAAAAGCAAUCAAGCGAUUCUAGUCCCCAGAGUCCAAUUAGUCCUCAACAGCAGCAACAAGUAAAAGUGCAGCGACCAUCAGCUUUGUCGGUGGAGCUAUCUCCCGGUAGCAGUUACCAAAACAACGGCAGCAACAAAUCUAGUCAUAAAAAUAGUAAUACCAAUAGCAGCAAUACCACAGGUGAUCAUCCUAGCGAACCAUACAGUGUGGAUGGUUUGAAGGGAAAAGCAGAUAAAUAUCAAGAAAAGAUGAAGCAAGAUCGUGCUGGUAAAAUAUCACCAGGUGCGGUGUCUGUGGGUGGUAAACAGUCUCCUUAUCCACCCAACAUUCCGGCAUCCUCGUCCUCUAGUCAUCCUGCGGAUCAAACCAACAGUGGUAGCACUUCCAAGGGCAGUGCGGGCAAGGAUCAUUUUUCGUUGAAUCUGAACCAGUCCAAUCUCGACCGGCACAAUAGACAGCUCGAUCCACAACAAACAUUGGAGAAAAAGUCGUCCGGUUCCACUCAUACCGUUGCUUCGAAUAAUUCAUCAUCGCACAAUGCAAAACAUGGGAAAAAGUCCAAGAAUUACAGCAAUCAUAAUACCGCUGGUGGUACCGGUUUCGAUUUCGAUUACGACAACGGCAACACCUCGCCUUUGUACUGCAACUGGGAUAAGGAAAUGCAGGAACAUUUGCUCCCUUUGCAACAUUACAUCUUAGAACAGGCAAAACUGUCGGGUUCUUAUGGACUUGGAGAUCUGGAUUCGGAUUCGUUUCAUUCCGACAGUCAAUCUGAGCACUCUUUCUCGGGACACGAGCCGGAUAAUGAAGAUUCGGAUCAUUCCGACGGCCACGGUGACUAUUUAGCACAUUAUCCUUAUGAAGAGUAUGGUGCCCGGCACGCCCAGGACGGCGGUGUAUCAUACUAUAACUUUGAGUUUAAUUUUGGCGACCGCGACGAAAAGGAAGACAUAUCCGAAGAAGUGACAGCGAAGUUGGAGAGCAUGCCGGAUCAAAUAUACAGUCCUGUCAAAAAUCAUCCUCCACUGCACAAAUUCCCGCCAGCUGCAUUCCAGGGAGCGAGAUCAGCUCUUGAUUCAUCCGGUUUGGUGCCGGAUGCUGUUGAUCGCGGAGUACCUACGGUUCCGAUGGGAGGUGCAAAUAGUACAUUUGGUUCAAAAACAUCCUAUCUACAACAGAUGGCUGCUGCGGCCGGUCACCACCAGCAGUUACAACUCGGGGGAGCAAUGCAGUCUCCUCAACAACAGCCGCCACAUAAAAUCAAUAAAGCUACGUUGCUACAGCGAUUCCAGGAAAACCUCUCACUGGGGGCAUCUGCUCCGGGAGUAGGUGGUAACGGAAAGAUAGCAGAAAUGGCUUUGCUGAAGGAGUGUGACAUCGAGAAAUUCGCGCAGGAUAAUCUGAACCUCCAUUCUAAGGGCAUUUUCCGGAAAAAGUCUUCCGUGAGAGAUAUGCUCAGUUGGACAUCAAACGCGAUAAGCCGUCCGAUGUUGUCGUUGGCAAGGGAUAAGGCAGGCAAGAAAAUGGCAACGGAUCUUUUCAAGUUGGUUCAAAUAUACAUGGGUGAUCGAAAGGCACGUAUUGGUAUGAGUUUAAAUUCGGUGGCGAUAGACAUCGUUACGAUGGCGAUGGGCCAGGCACAGCUGCGCGACGAACUGUACAUUCAAAUGUGCCGCCAGACCACAGAAAAUCCGAGUAGGGAUUCGUUGAUUCGAGGCUGGGAACUAAUGGCUAUUUGUUUGUCAUUUGUGCCACCGUCCCCUACAUUUCAACCAGCCUUGUUGGGAUACAUAAAUCGGCAUCGGGAUCCGUCUUUUGCAACCAGCUUCCCCGAAGUUGGCAAGUGGCCAAUCCACGUUCAGAUUUCGCACUACGCUACGAUAGCCUGCCGCCGAUUGGAUCGUAUUGGAAGCUCGGGAAGAAAACAAGCUAAACGACCGACAGAAGACGAAAUCAAUCAGGCACGUGAGCAAAUAUUCCGCGACAGCAUGUUCGGCAAUACUCUGAGUGAAGUAAUGGAACUGCAGAAGGAAAGGUUUCCAGAUCGCCAACUGCCCUGGAUACAGACAACACUUUCCGAGCAAGUGUUACUUCUGAACGGGAAGCAAACUGAAGGGAUUUUCAGAGUACCGGCAGAUGUCGACGAAGUUAAUAUGUUAAAAAAUCUUAUCGAUCGUUGGGAAUUUCCAGAAAACAAAGGCACGAUGGAUGCUCACGCUCCUGCGAGUUUGUUGAAAUUAUGGUAUCGAGAACUGUACGAUCCGCUGAUUCCGGAUGAGCUUUACGACGAAUGUGUGCAAACGGAAGACCCUGCUGAAGCAGCUGCUAUCGUAGAAAAGUUACCAAAAAUCAAUCGAUUGGUUCUAACAUAUUUGAUUCACUUCCUACAACAAUUUUCGUUGCCUGACGUUGUUGCUAAUACAAAAAUGGAUUCAUCUAAUCUGGCGAUGGUAUUUGCACCAAAUUUGCUACGCUGUCAAUCACAAGAUCCAAAAGUUAUUCUGGAAAAUGCCCGUAAAGAGAUGACGUUUAUGCGUACCCUGAUACAACAUAUGGACACUUCCAGUGUCACGUAUCUGGUGUGAAGAGUAGACCAACAUGUAUUGAAAUAUCAUGGAAAUAAUUUGUACAAUCCCGUAGAGCAUACCCCAAUUUAAUGAAAACAUAGACAGGAUAGACAGGUAUCUAUUUCAUUUUUGCUGUUGCUAUUUGCUGCAUCAAUUAGAUUUGCUACAUCAGCUAUAACACGGGUUCAAAUACGGCAUUGCCAGUAGGAAUGUUGCUGUAUUUAACAUAGCAAUGUUUUACUGGCAAUGUUUUACUGUUGAGUAGGAAGUUAUGCAAAGAAACAUACAAUCUUGAUACAUACAGUUAUCGAGUUGCGAAUAUAACAGAAUAUUUUGCUGCACAUUUUUGGAUAACCCGACCGUGAAAAACGACGUACCGUUCAUAAACCUUACGACUUACCAAAAUACAGCUUAGUAAAAACAAAAUCGUAACAGCGAUACAAGAAUAAGAAUAAAAGUUAAUGGAACAAAACGAUGUAACCACACAACAAAAAUCAAAUACUUUGCACACACAGCUAAACACCGUAAAAGAAGAGCGGUCAAAAGACGCUUCCGGGGAUUGCUAACUAUUGUAUUAUUUACAGAAACUUUUAAUAAUGCAGUACGAAUAAAAAUACACUUUCACAUUAAGCAUCUUAUAAACCAUCCCACUCAUUCAUUCAUUCUCAAAAUCCAUAAGCAACGUAAUGGUUGCGAAAACUCUUGGGCGAAAACACACAGACACUGGCAAAUAUUGUUAAAAGUAUAAAACAUAUGAGCUAAAAGAGAACCUAAUAGUUAUUCCUUACUGGCAUUUAAAGCAACAGGUGCGCAAUAUGCACAAUUAAAAACACAAAUUACACAAUAAAAGCUACAAAACAACUAUUGGACUGUGCUGGGUAGAGAGUACUGCAGGAUAGCUAAGUGGGUAUACAGAAGUUUUUUUUAAAUUUAAACGGCAAAACAUGGGACAACAAGCACAAUUUAAAUAAACAAAAGAAUUAUAGAUCAGGUAAUAAAUGUAGUCUUACUUCAUAAUUGCUUUCAUCAGUUUGAUUAUCGCAAAAACAAAACACACUUUCAGUUUGCUUCACACAGGUGUUUGUUGAGUCCAUACUCUCCCACCAAAAGAUUUCCAAACUAUUAUCGUUUUCACGAAUACAAAGAUUUCAGAAGAUGUAGCUAGGGUUUCAAUAAACUUCUUCCAUUUUGUCAUAUUUGUUAUGAUUUUUUCAGUAAGGUCUAUAAUAUCGAAUUUGACGUCAAUUGACGAAUUCACAAGCAUCUUCUUAACUGCUAAUGUCUAAUGGAAAGUCUUUACUCAUUUGAUAGUUUUAGGAGCUAGGGAUUGUUUUAUACCAAAAUUAUAUGUAUUUUAAGAACAGGCAGCUAGGUAAUAGUUUUUUUCGCUCUCUUGUUUGUAAUAAAAGAGUUGUGUAGAUAUAUAUUAAGAAUGAGUUUGUUCGAAACCAACGAUAUGUAUGAAUGAUUUAACGUAUAAAUUAAAACUCACUUUGCGCGUGGUUAACGAGGAUCGAUCGGAAAAGAAUGUUAUGUUAGUCCAAUAGACCAGUACAAAAGGGUACGUAGUAGUGACAACAAACUGUUUGCUCUCAUCGUGUUGAUGAGUUUUACCAUCUCUAUGGCCUUCGUGUAACGUACCCUAGAGCGCAAUAACAUGAAACUUUCUAUUUGAUUUGAGAAAAUGAACAAAAUGCGAUCGUAGAAGAUGAACACAUUAUUAACAAGCGUCCAACAACGAGGCAUGCACGAACUCAUAAUCUAUUUAUGCAGAAGCUUUGAAGAAGCAAACACAAAACUCACUUAACAAGUAAUCUAUCAAACAAACAAACAAACAAAACAAACACAAAUGCAGAUGCGAGCAAUGAAACAAAAAGAAGAAAAAUGCGCUGAAGAAUAUUGAGAUAAAAAUAUAUAUUAUAUAUUCUAUAUUGAGAGAAGUUUAAGUAAAGCAAGCAUGCAAAAACCAAUUAAUAAUUUAUUACGAGGAAACUAAAACAUAGACGCUAGUGAACGCCGACGAAAAUGAAGAAAGGACAUUAACCUGACGCAUUAUAAUGCAAAUAAAAAGAGAACAAAACCUACUUAAA